AUGGAUUCACCCAAUGCCAUGGCCGCUCCCUCUGCAGCCAAGACUGACCAAGACAUCGUGCCGCCCAGCAUGGACUCCAAGGACGCUGUGAUCAGCCAGGACGAUCGCGAAUUGCUAGAUCUUGGCUACAAGGCUGUCCUGGCGCGCGGAUGGGGCUCCUUUGACAAUUUCGCGUGCUCCUUCUCCGCGUUAUACUGCAUUGGCGGAAUUCGCGUGUCGUUCUACAUCGCGCUCAGCGCUGGUGGACCUGCAGCAAUGUGGAGCUCUUGGCUUUCCGGUAGCAUUCUCGCAAUCAUCACCGCCGCAUGUCUCGCCGAGGCUUGCUCCGCAUACCCCGCCGCAGGAUCGAUCUACUACUGGGCAUUCCGAUCGUGGGGUGGUGGACAACUUGGUCGCUUCGUAUCAUUCCUUGUUGCGGCAUGGACGCUUGUCGCCUGGACAGCUUUUCUGGCGAGUGAUUCUUUUGGAGUUGCCAAUUACUUGGUUUCCGAGGUCCUGGUCUUUGAUCCAGAGACGACUUUCCCGACCGAUGCCUCCGAUGUGCGCGCGAGAGCCGUCGCUUGGGCAUUCUCUUUGCUCUUCUUGGCCAUCGCGACGUCGCUGAACUUCCUGCCUUCGCGUAUGUACUCUUGGGUUUUCCGGGCCGGAGUCAUCGUCAUUAUCAUUGAUAUGCUGCUCAAUUUUAUCUGGCUUCCCAUCGGUGUGGCUAAGACAUACGGGUUUCAAACUGCCGAGUAUGUCUUCACGUCCACCUAUAACGGCGGCGAGACAAGUCCCGGUCUCAACUGGGUCCUGUCUUGGUAUCUUGUCUCGAGCUGCCUGGUUGGACAAGAUGCGUCCGGUCACGUCGCUGAAGAGACUAUCUCGGCGAAGAAGGCAGCUGCUCAGGGUGUGUUCUGGGCGACCGUCGCAUCUGCUCUGUGUGGUUUCCCAAUCAUCAUUCUGUUCCUAUUCUGCAUGCCCUCCAUCGAGACUUUUUACGACACCAGCGCACCCCAGCCAUUCAUCAACAUGUACGCCCUUGCCUUGGGACCUCGGGCACAUGUGGUAAUGACAAUCAUCUCCAUGUUCGGCUCAAUCCUCAACACUUCCAUUUCCUUGGUGGCGGUGUCGCGACUUGUCUUUGCCGUGGCUCGCGAUGGUGUCUUCCCAUUCAGCGAUGUUCUCUCCCGCGUGUCCAAGUCUAAGCAGCCACACAACGCGGUGAUUUUCAUUUCGACGAUCGCUGCGCUUCUUCUGUGCACCCAAUUGCCCUCCCAGGUUGCGUUCUCCAGUCUUGUAUCCACUUCGGCAGCGGGCUCCAUCGCAGCAUAUGGCCUAGUCGGUCUCGGUCGGACUUUCAUCACUCGCAAGUCUUUCCGACCUGGGUUCUGGGAUCUGGGCUGGUUUGGCGUUGUCGCUGCUAUCGUCACCUUCAUCUGGAACGGAUUCUCCUUUGCGGUUCUCUGCGCACCUCAGUACUCCAACAGCGCCAUUGACGGCGAUUCCAGCCUAUUCAACUAUGCAAUCGUCAUAAUGGGAGGCGUCACUAUCAUUGCGCUACUAGAGUGGUGGCGCAAGUCCAAGUCCGAUUGGUUCCAGCACCUGGAGUCUGGCGCCACGACAUCCACGACUGAUGGCUCAGCGACCCCCGAGAGAAAAACCGAAACAACCUCGGAAGAUAUGGCUGUUUAG